UCGAACUUUAUAUUCAGAACUACAGAGAUAAGAACAGCUUUCUAAAGGCGCGUGUUCCAGGUUCUGAAUCAGAUAUAGCUCUAUAUCUGAUAUAUCAAACCAUUUGUCAUGAUGAACGAACCAGAAAACACAUCCAGAUGUCAAGGGUGCUUGAGAUGUUUUAGUUUUUUACCUGUGCACUUUACAAGAGAAAUUGUAAACUUGUGCUCUCUAGCUCUGCCUGUGGUAAGUACAUUUUUGUCCUAUCUUUUCGACUAUUUAAUUAUUUUUGUAAGCACUGUGUUCUGUGGGCACCUGGGAAAGGUAGAGCUUGAUGGUGUGGCUCUUGCCACAGCUGUCAUCAGUGUUAUGGGUAUUGGUAUUGGUUAUGGCUUGUCCGCAGCAUGUGACACACUUAUUUCUCAGGCUUUUGGAGCUGGUAACUUACAUCUAGUUGGUGUUAUAACUCAGAAAGCAAUUUUAAUUCUGCUGCUCGCAUGUUUGCCAUGCUGUGCUUUUCUUAUCAAUACAGAGUCAAUAUUACUGCUUGUAGGGCAAAGCCCAGAGGUUGCCAGAGUAUCUCAGCUGUAUGUGAACAUUUUUUUGCCUGGUCUUCCGGCUGCUUUUGUGUUCAUUAUUGAAGCAAAAUAUCUACAGAAUCAGGGAAUUAUUUGGCCCCUGGUCAUUACCGGAGUAGUGGCAAAUCUCCUAAAUGCUUUAAUCAACUAUAUCUUCCUCUUUGUCCUGGACAUGGGUGUUCCUGGAUCAGCAGCUGCUAAUACAAUCUCACAGUACAGUUUGGCGAUCAUAUUGUUUAUCUACAUCCGAUGCACGGGUCUUCAUAAGCAUACUUGGCCUGGUUGGUCGAUGGACUGUUUGCAGGAGUGGGACUCAUUCAUCCAGCUGGCCAUUCCAAGUAUGCUCAUGAUGUGUGCAGAGUGGUGGACUUAUGAGAUUGGAGGACUGCUGUCAGGUCUGAUAAGUGAGGUGGAGCUCGGAGCUCAGUCAGUUGUGUAUGGACUGGCAAAUAUCGCAUAUAUGUUCCCUAUAGGGUUCAGUGUAGCUGGCAAUGUGAGGGUGGGCAAUGCCAUGGGAGCAGGAGAUGUUGCUCAAGCCAAGCUCUCUGCCAAACUCUCUAUUAUUUGUGCAGUCUCUGUUGCAGUGGUUUUGGCAACUGUCUUUGGUUCUUCAAGGAAUGUAAUUGCUUAUAUCUUCACAAAUGACAAAGACAUCACAAUGAGGGUUGCCACGGUAAUGGUUUUAUUCGCUCCUUUCCAUCUUCUUGACGCCACUGCGGCAGCAAGUGGCAGUAUAGUGAAAGGUCUGGCCAAGCAGAAGAUUGGGGCUGUCUGCAACCUUGUUGGAUAUUAUGCUGUUGGCUUUCCUAUUGGAAUAUCCCUGAUGUUUGCUGCGAAAUGGGGAAUUUUUGGUCUGUGGACUGGUCUGUUAAUUUCCGUCUUCCUUCAGUCAGUGUUCCUCAUUGUCCUUCUUUUCAAACUGAACUGGAAUAAAGCCUCUGAAGAGGCACAGAUCAGGGCUGGUGUACUGACGAGAGGGGCGGAUGAUGGUGCGCAAGAGGACGGCGGAUAUAUUGAGGGCUGUGAUGCGAAUAAUGCCACAGAUAUGGAUGGGCUAGUAAAUGAGGAGACUGAAGUGCUAGUUGCUACAGUGAGGGUGCAGCUGCCAUUGAGUGUGUUAGUGCUGCGCCGCGGUCUGGCUCUGGCAACUAUGCUAGUGCUCCUAGCUGCUGGACUCUCCGUUAAGUUCUUUCUAAAGAAAUGAUGAUGUUAUAACAGCUGAAGGACUGGUACUGGGGAAAUGUUAGAGUGUCUUAAAGCAGACAGAGAGUCCAGCCAGUGCAUGUCAGGGUGCCACCCAAAAGCAACCAGUACAACAUGUCCAUUAUGUCCACUUUGUACUGUAUCUGCAAGGCAGGUGAGGCCUGUCAGGCACAAAGCAGGGCAGCUUUCUGGGAUUUCAGACAAUGUCCAGGCAUUAAAUAUCAAGGUACUGUUUUGUUUACAUGACAUUGGCUAUGUCAUUUUGUACUUGCUCAUUUUGUAUUAAUGUUUAUAUUUAUUUAUAUAAAUAUAUUUAUUAAUAUGUCAUUUACUCAAAGAAAAACAACCUGUACAAUCCCAAGUCCUGCAAUAAAUCCAGCAUAUAAGGCUAUAUUCUCAUUCCCACAUGCUCUCACAUCUUUAUCAUCUCAUGAAUUUAUAUUAAAAAAGCAAAUGGUUUGCCGCAAACACAAAUGACAAACAUGAAUAUCAGGAACCUUUUUUAAAUGAAUGCUAUUUCAUGCACAAAAAUCUACUUUUCGCACACUGGUGUAAU